AGCCAUCUCUAGUGAACUACACCUCCCACAAUCCCCAGCGGCUGGAGACUGUUGUCAAGCGGUGGUUAUGGAGAUAAAUGAGAGGAUAGCCGCCCGCGGGUGAUGUGUCCUGUGCCGGGGCCCCUAGUGUCCUGAUCCCCGGGUCACCGCAUACUCUGCCCGGAGGAGCAGCCUGAGGGUCUGCAGAUCUCCAGGAUGCCGCACAAGAUCGGAUUUGUUGUGGUCAGCUCCUCGGGCCACGAGGAUGGAUUCAGUGCCAAAGAGUUAAUGGUUCACGCUCCGACAGUCAGCGGCUGGAGAUCCCCCAGGUUUUGUCAGUAUCCCCAAGAAAUCGUAAUACAAAUGGUGGAAAGAUGCCGAAUCCGGAAGCUGCAGCUCCUCGCCCACCAGUACAUGAUCUCCUCCAAAAUAGAGUUCUACAUCUCCGAAAGUCUUCCCGAAUAUUUCACCCCGUACCAGACCGAGCGAUUCCGCAGGUUGGGGUACGUAGCUCUCUCCGACAAUGAAAAGACCGGCUACAAGGCCCGAGAACUGAAGUCCGUCUAUGUGGAUGCGGCGGGGCAGUACCUCAAGCUGAUCUUUCAUAAGAACUUCCCCAAUAGAUAUAAUCUGUACAAUCAGGUUGCACUAAUAGCAAUAAAUAUAAUCGGGGAUCCUGUGGAUUAUAAUGAAGAGAUCCAGCCGACAAGAGAGAAACUUAUCGAUCAGUAUCUGGGGAACAGCCUGGAGGACGCGGCCAUUGAUACAUCGUAUACUGGGAAACUUGAUGCCAUUUCACCUCUUGACGACUUGGCCUUUGAUAUGUACCAGGAUCCAGAAGUGGCACAAAUAAUCCGCAAGCUGGAUGAGAAGAAGCAGGAGGCCGUGCAGCAUGAACACUACGACUAUGCCAAGAAGCUGAAACAAGCCAUAGCCGACCUGCAGAAGGUCGGGGAACGUCUGGGGCGCUAUGAGGUGGAGAAGCGCUGCGCUGUGGAGAAGGAAGACUAUGACUUGGCCAAACAGAAGAAACAACAGAUGGAAGAAUAUCGCCAGAAGGUUUACCAACAGCUGGAGCUGCACGACCUGCUGGACAUCGCCCUGAUCCGCAGAGAUCCUGAUCCGUCUCUGGACCCUUUGGAGCUUCCGUCCAGUCCGCAGAUUCAGCAGCAAAGAGCGGCCGCCUCUCCGCAGCCGGAAAAGGAGAGAAGUACAGAAAAGAAGAAUAGGAGGGAGAGAAAAGUGGCGCCAGAGAAACCGAUGAAAGUCGCCUCUCCUAAGCCGGAUCCCCCGCAUCGCUCGCCAUCGCCUCCUCCAGCUCCAACUCCAGCCGCAACUCUACCAGGGAUCAAUGUUGAUGCUUUACCGUAUGAUGAGCGGCCUCUUCCAGCUCAGCGGAAGCAGAAGGACGAGGUGUUUACUUACCUGGAGCCGGACGUAAGUGAGGAUAUUAUUGGGGACACCCCCAGAAGCCGGAUCACCGGGGAGCCAGAACCGCUGACGGAGAAAGCUCUGAGAGAGGCCGGAUCCGCCAUUGAAGUCUUCGGUGAAGCCUUGGUUGCAGGAGCUUAUUCCAAGACGUGGUCAUACAGAGAAGAUGCCUUGGUGGCCGUGUAUAAGAAGCUGUCCGACGUCCCCACAACCACCUCCAAGGAUGAGCUGAAGAACAUGCUGAGGGCGGCCGUGUUCCUGAUCCGGAGAGCCAUCAAAGACAAAGUGUCCUCAGUGUUCCAGGCCUCGCUCAGACUACUGAAAAUGAUCGUCACCCAUUAUAUUCCCAAACAUAAACUGGGCAAAGGCGAAACAGCGCACUGCGUGGAAAAAACGCUGCCCGACCUGCUGUGCAGAACAGGCGACACCGCCACCAGGCACAGAGUGAUGGCCUCCAACUUUAUCCAGGAGAUGGCGCUGUUCAAGGAGGUGAAGCCCCUGCAGAUAAUUCCGGGUCACUUGCUUCAACCAUUGAAGGGGACGCUGCCGUCCAGACUGGCCCUGAGUCAAGUGGAGCUGGUGGAGAAUCUGGUGAAGGAAAUGGGCACGGACAAUUCUGGCUUCACCGUGGACAACGUCAUGAAGUUUGCUUUAGGCGCCCUGGAUUACACGACCGCAGAAGUGCGUGACAAGGCGGUGCGGAUUAUACUCCACCUGUACCAGCAGAACCGAGCCCAGGUCCUGGAGCGCAUGCCGACCGACGAAGCUGUCAUACGCAAGAACCUUCUCUAUAAAACCCUGUUCGAUGGAUUCGCUAGAAUUGACGGGAGACCCACAGACUCUGAACUGAAGGCGCAGAAGAAAGUGGCUGCAGAAGAAGCAGAACGGAAGAAGAAAGAGGAGAUCCGAGCUCUCCAGGAACAGCUGGCGGCCCUGAAGGAGAUGCAGGUCCAGGGCAGCAAGGGGAAGGAACAAAUGCCGAAAUCAAAAGUAGAUGAGCGCAGUAAGAAACUUCCCUUGUCGCCAAACACGGAAACCCUGGACGACCAAUCCUCCGUGACCAACUACCUAGAUAAUCUAUGCAUCUUCUGUGGGGAAAGAGAUGAGACGUUCACAGAGGAAGGCCUGGACCUCCAUUACUGGAAGCAUUGCCCCAUGCUGAAACGGUGUGAGCACUGCAAGCAGGUGGUGGAGAUCGCCAGCCUGACCGAUCAUCUUCUGACCGAGUGCGAUCACAAAGACACGUUUGGCAAAUGCCAACGCUGCACGGAAGCCAUAUCUAAGGAUCACCUACUGGAGCACGUCAAGGCCAAGACUUGUAACCCUGCUAAAGGAGAAAAGGUCGCAAAUCGCUGCCCGUUAUGUCACGAGAACUUCACGCCAGGAGAAGAGGCCUGGAAAUCUCACCUGAUGGGGAAAGAUGGAUGCAAGAUGAAUCCUCGCAGGACACUGGCCCUUCAGAGGACACAAGGAGGCGCUCAAGCCGCAACUAAAGCCGGAGGGUCGACUAUAACAAAAACGGGGACGACCGGAGCCAAACCGCGUCCGCCCAUCACCGGCAGUAAGAUCCCGGCCCCGAGAGCCGGACUGAAUAAAACUACAAGCAAACCGCAACCGAAGCGAUGACGGAAGAGUCAUGUGACCCGGAGGACCCCAAAGUGUCUAUUUUUACACUGAACCUUAAUAUUUCUAUCAUUACUUCCUGCUGCUGUUAUUGUCCGCGACAUUUUAUAUGAAGACGCUGUACGCCGCCGCCGCCGAUGACACGAUACGGUCUGACCGGGAAGAAUCCGCCGCUGAACACACGAAACCUAUAGAGACAAAUCUCCCCAAGUUAUGGGGUACGAGCCGCCCCUGCAUGGAGGUUUUAUGGGCAAUUUUAGUCUUAAAUUAUUUUACCUGGAACUUUUUAAUUGCUGUAAAAGCAAAAUCCUAAAAAACUCCGAAAUGAGGGGGGAGGGGAACAGCUUGGUAAUGUUCUACACCCGCAUCCCCGAAACAGGGGACCUCCAGAUUUAGCCUUCCUAAGCUGGGUCCCCUUGCUCUUAUCCACUGCGGGGUCCCAGAGGUCGGUCCUUACCAACCUGCUUUUAUAAUCUGUUAGUGUUUCCCAACCAGGGUGCCUCCAGCUGUUGCAAAACUACAACUUUCAGCAUGCCCGGACCGCCGAAGGCACCCUGGUUGGGAAACACUAGUCUACUCUGUAAAGGCCACAUCAGUCACAGGACCUGGACAACCAUCAUAAGAUCCCAUGUGGAGUAGUUUGGUUCACAUUGGUGUUGGGUCCAAGAUACAGAUUCCUGUAACAGGAAGUUGUGUAGUCCUCUCAUUGUCAAUAUGGUGUUGUCUCAGCAGCUCCUCCCUCGAUGUCAGGUUGUGUAGUCCCUUCGAUGUCCCUGUGGUGUUGUCUUAGUAGCUCCUUGGCUCCUCCCUCUCUGCUGACAGGAAGUUGUCCAGGCAUGCUGGGAGUUGUAGUUUUACAACAGCUGGAGGCACCCUGAUUCUAUAUAAAAGAUCUCACAAUGUGAAAUCUUCCUCUGCGUCAUUCUCCAUAGUAGACGACAUGUUCUGUCACAGCCGGGAUCAGCGCCACCAUCUGGGAAUCUGUGAGCGACUGACCGGACUUUAUAGUUAGUGAAAUGAGUCUGAGGGAUCAUGUGCGACCUCUGGAGUAUGAAUCCAAGUGGAGAAGAACCGGAGAGGUGAUGGCACCCGGGAAGAGUCUGUGAUUGGACGCUGUAGGUCAGGACACUUGUCUUCAGUCCUGCAGUCUAUGGGGAGUCUCUUCUUUUUCCCCACAAGCCUCUAAUGCUCGUUCCCAGGGCCCAAUGUACAAUCCUGACUACAUGGAAGGUUACGGUUUUUAUUUGGCUUUUUUUCUAUUGUCCCUUUUGAGUUUUCAAUCCUGAUGCUUUGACGUCUUCCUUGGUCCACCUAUAGCUUUUCCUUUCAUAAUAACCUCCCCCUUUUUCUUAAUAGCUGCCUGGGAACAACCAACAUCUCCUGCGCUCAGUGUUAGAUCCUUUACACGCCUACAGUUCACAGCUUUCUUGUCGUGUUUUUUCCACGGUUCAGUAAUUUCUGUACGAACCUUCGUUCUUUUUCCUGGAUGUGUUUUGGAUCUACUCUUCUCCACGUUGAGCGGUUCCAUCAUUAUGUCGGUUCCUUGCUCUGGACAGUCAUCCACCACCUAAUGAUUUCCAGUCAUGUGUUUGAGGGACGACGUUUCAUGAAGCCGGAUGAUCGUCCUCUAAGCCUGAGGAUUCCAUCACUUUGUUUCCUGAGGUUUUAGAAUGACGACUCCUGGUAUAGAAUUAUUAUUAUUUUUUUAAUGAACUGGUACCAGAACGACACAGAUUUGUAAAUUACCUUCAUUUAAAAAUCUUAAUCCUUCCAGUACUUAGCUGCUGUAUGCUCCACAGGAAGUUGUGUAGUUCUUUCCA